UUUAUUAUUACAGAUGUGUGCAUGGAACAUUGUAAAAGAAAUCACUCAAGAGAGAGAUAGGAAGGAAGUCCUAAAUAAAGCCUAAAGCAAGAGGAAACACGCUUGUCUCAUUCCACGGGCGUUUAUCCUUCCGUAUCAAAGAGAAAGACGACUCCAUCAGCCUCGUUCAGCCUUUUAUUUUAUGGUCAUUGAACAAGUCUUGGGACAAGGUCUCUUAUCAAGGAGGGUAUUAAUAUGCUCAUCAAGGAGUAUCAUAUUCCACUGCCUCUGACACUGGAGGAGUAUAAGAUAGCUCAGCUCUACAUGAUACAGAAAAAGAGCCGUGAAGAGAGCGAAGGCACAGAGAGUGGUGUUGAAAUUAUUGAAAACAGACCUUACACUGAUGGACCAUUUGGUGAAGGGCAAUACACUUACAAAGUCUAUCACAUAGGACGUCACAUUCCAGGCUGGCUAAGAGGCAUGGUACCAAAGACUGCCUUAGAGGUUCAUGAGGAAUCCUGGAACGCUUAUCCUCGGACAAAAACAAAGUUCUCGGUCCCGUUUGUUGAGAAGUUUACGCUUGAAAUUGAUACUGUUUUUCAACAAGAUGGUGGAACACAUCCCCCCUCUCUUUCUCCCUCUCUAGAUACCAUUGAUAUAGUAAAUGAUUCAUUAGUUGGCUCAGACUACAAGGAGGAAGAGGAUCCCUCGUUGUAUGUUAGUGAUAAAACUGGUAGAGGGCCUUUGCCUGAUAACUGGAUAAGUAAUCCUCCUAAUGGAGUCAUAAUGUGCUCAUACAAACUCAUUAAAGUAGAAUUUCGUUACUGGGGUCUCCAGUCCAGGAUUGAGCGUUUCAUUCACGACUAUGGUCUAAGGCGUGUUAUGCUUCGAGCUCAUCGUCAGGCCUGGGCGUGGCAAGACGAGUGGGUGGGGCUUACGAUGGACGACAUUCGGAGACUUGAACGAGAGACUAAACUAAUACUUCAGAGGAAACUGGGGAAGGCUGAGGGAGGGGAGGCUGAAGGGGAAGAGAUUGAGGAAGAUGAAGGGCCUGGUGGUGCUGGUGGUGGUGAGGGAACUGUUGCUAAUAGACCAAUGAGUGAUGUUGCUCCUGCUCCUCCAAUGAAGAGGUAUUCAAUCCCAGUCAGCAGCACCACCUCA